ACGGCUCUCCCGCGCUAGCACGGAUAAGCGAUGCGAUCGGCGCAGGACGAGCAGAAGUGGCUUCGCGCCAUCGACGCCCGGAUCGAGCAGCUCCACGAGCCGUCGCCGGCGACGCCCGCCAAGUUCCCAUCGGCGCUCCCGACGAUACCCGAGUCGCCGCCCUUCGACGACGACCGGACGCCGACGCGGAGGCCACCGGUGUACCCGACGGGCGCGGACGCCGACGAGCGGCCGUCGCUCAAAGACCUGACAGGAGUCCGUCGGCGGCCGCCACGCCCGCGGGCACCGCGGAUGCCGGCCGAGGUCCUCGAGCACAUGGAGAUGGCGAGCAAGGUCGUGCAAGAGAUCGGGCAAGAGAAUCUGAGCGGCCCCGAAAAGACGCUCGAAUUCAUCCGCGAACUGGGCGAGCGCAAGCGGCGAGCGCUCGCGCGGCGCCAAGCGCGAUGGCGCGAAGAGCACGCGACCGAGAGCGCGCGGCUCGAGGCGCAGCAGCACGAGAUCUUUGAAGAGAUCGAGCACCAACAGUUCCAACGGGUCGCCGAGUACGAGGAAGCGCUGGACUCGUUGGCGCGCAAGUACGACCGCCUUCUCGACGACGUCCACGCCAAGGACUCGAUCAUCACCGAGCUCUCGCAGAAAGCGCCGUCGUCUCCCGUCCAAGUCCACCCCAAGCGCGCCUCAACAUCUCAGAGCGAGCCCGAGGAAGACCCGAUGGACGAGGAAGAUCCCCUCAACGACGCCGUCUCGGACAUCAUUUCCGAGGCCGACGUCCAAGACGACAACCGAUGUGGCCAUCCGCACAUCGAGACCAUGCUGUGCUUUGUACACGAGAGGUACGAGGACCUCCGACGACGGUACCCUCGGCUCGACGCGAGCGUCGAUGUUGCGUCCUGGGUCCUGCUCGUACUCUUGCUUUUCUACGCCAGCUACGGUCUCGUCGCCUGUAUGUGGACGACCGUCGAGCUGCAGGACGAACGGCUCAUUCGCGACCUCGUCGUCACCCUGCGUCGCCAAGUGUCUGCGCAAUAAUAUAUCUAUUUCUCGAC